AUGGAGCACUCCCAACACGUCGAGGCCGGCGAGAAAGUUCCCGAUAUUGACAUGGACGAUGUCAAGGGCAACUCCAACGCCGCCCAAGAGGCCGCCAUGGACGCCGAAAUCGCCCGCCUUGAGGAGUCCAGCCAGGGCCUCAAGCGGCCCAGAUUCGAACUAUCCUUCUCCAACCCCGCAACCUUUACCUACGUGCUUGUCGGCUUCGCAUCUCUGGGAGGUCUGCUUUCGGGUCUCGAUCAGUCGCUCAUCAGUGGUGCGAACAUCGAUUUGCCGAUUGAUUUGAAUCUCUCGGCGAACCAGGCUAGUCUGGUGAAUUCCGGUAUGCCGCUGGGUGCCGUGGCCGGUGCGUUAAUUCUGUCGCCGUCCAACGAGUAUCUGGGUCGUAAAAAUUCGAUUAUCUUGUCGUGUAUCUUGUACACCAUCGGCGCUGCCCUUGAGGCCGGCGCUAUAGAUUUUGGUAUGAUGUUUGCCGGUCGUUUCAUUCUGGGCACUGGUGUCGGUCUCGAAGGUGGUACUGUCCCUAUCUACGUUGCGGAGAGUAUCUCGUCCAGUCUUCGCGGAAAUCUUGUGUCUCUCUAUCAGUUCAAUAUUGCUCUAGGUGAGAUUCUGGGCUAUGCCGUGGCCGCCAUCUUUAUCGGCGUCAAGGGUAACUGGCGUUACAUCCUGGGUUCAUCUCUUGUCUUUUCCACCAUCAUGUUUAUCGGCAUGCUUUUUAUGCCUGAGAGUCCGCGUUAUCUCAUGUUCAAAGGCCGAGAGCAAGAAGCAUACUCCGUCUGGAAGAAGAUCCGUGGUUUCGACACCUACGAAUCUAAAGCCGAAUUCCUGGGCAUGCGCGAAACAUGCCAGAUUGAAAAUGAAGAGCAGGCUCAGACCAAGAGAUUCCCCUGGUUGGACUUUUUCACCAACCCGCGCGCUCGUCGUGCACUCGUCUAUGCAAACAUCAUGGUCUUCCUGGGUCAAUUCACCGGCGUCAACGCAGUCAUGUACUAUAUGAGCGUGCUCAUGGAAUAUAUCGGCUUCACAGCCAAAGACGCAGUUUUCAUGUCCCUCGUCGGCGGCGGCGCAUUGAUGCUCGGCACAAUUCCCGCCGUGCUGUACAUGGAACGUUUCGGUCGUCGCUACUGGGCCAAUCUCAUGCUUCCCGGUUUCUUCGUUGGACUCAUCUUCGUCGGUGUCGGGUACCAGAUCAACCUUGAAACACACCGCCAACUUGCCGAGGGUCUGUAUCUCACCGGCAUCAUUCUGUACAUGGGCUUUUUUGGUUCUUACGCCUGCCUAACUUGGGUCAUUCCCGCGGAGGUCUACCCAACUUACCUCCGACACUACGGCAUGACGACCUCGGACGCAAACCUGUUCCUCUGCAGUUUCAUCGUCACCUACAACUUCACACGCAUGAUGAACAGCAUGACGCGCAUCGGUCUCACGCUCGGGUUUUAUGGCGGCAUCGCGGUGCUGGGCUGGGUAUAUCAGAUUCUGUUCAUGCCAGAGACAAAGAACAAGAGUCUGGAGGAGAUUGAUGAGUUGUUCAGUAAGCCGACUUCGGUGAUUGUGAAGCAAAAUGUGAAGAAUACGGUGCAGGUCAUGAGGGAUCUGGCUGCCUUUAGAUUUAAGAAGGUUUUCAUGCCGGAAUAA